AUGCCGCCUCUGACCCAAGAUCGUCUCAAGCGCCAUGCGGACAGCGACCCGGAGGGCGAGCCUCCAGUGAAGAAGUUUGGCCUGUUGCAAUUAGGCCUAUCACCAAGGUCGAGCGCUGCUGUCCAAGACACACGGAAACCGAUACCACAGGAUUAUUCGAUCAACGACGGUAGCAUGCUAUUGGAUGACACCAAACAUACGACAUAUAUCUACAAUAUCGAGCAAGAACUUGCCGACAUCGAGGAACACGAAAAGCAGAUAUCGUUUAUACCCGAGAUUGAGAAGGCAUUGAACGCUAUCCCCAAGUCUGUUCUGAAAGAACCCGAGACAGAUAAAGAACUUAUCCUUUAUAGAAUUCCACGUUCAUUGACAGUUCCUGAGGAUAAGGAUGCUGUUAUUAAUAAAUAA